GAGUGCGAAAGAGUGGACAGAAAAUCACGGCAAUCGAGGCGUCACGGUCUUUAUACUUACAUAUAUAGAUAUAAAUGAGCUUGCGUGUGUAUAUGUAAAUAUAACAUUGAUUUGAUUAUGAAAAAAUGUUUAAAUCGAAAUCCUUUCGUAUUAAUCAUGAAAUAGACAAAAAGCCGAAAGUACAUGACCUUUGCUAUGAGUCCAAACGAAUACGCUGGAUGAAAUUUUUGAUUGUACCACUAAUCAUCGCUUUCUCAUUGCUUUUGGUGCUGAGCAAUGUGAAUUUCUCGGGCGUGUCAUAUGAGCACACUGUGACACCUUCCAGUGGAAGCCAUACAAAAGUAACACAAACGCCAACGAAGGAAGUAGUAACCGUAGCUAACAUCGACCAAGGCAUAACGACGGAGGAAGCUGGACUUGUUACUAUAAAAAGUUACGAUGAAGAGGAGAAAAGGGGUGGUGCAGUGGAAGUAGCAGUGCAGUACUUGAAAGAGUCUCAGGCAGUACAGGCAGCCCCGGGUUUUCGCUGCACAGACAACAACACGUGUAAGACAGUAAUUUGUGAGGGUGGACCCAUAUUGGAUCUCCAAUAUGAAUUCGAUUACAUUUUGAAGUGGUGCGAAAAUAAACCGUUUGAUGUCAUCAUAGAGAAUUGCACAUUCAACCAAAGUACUAUUAGCAGAUCCACAUUCUCAGGAAAGUUCAAGAUGUCCACUUUAACAAUACGAAAUUGCACACUCGAUACGAUCGUCGACAAUGCUUUUAACUACCAAACGCUGAAUAUGUUGACGAAUUUAACAUUUCUUGGUACGCAAUUGAAAGCCUUGAACGCGCAAACGUUUCUUGGUUUGGAAACUGUGAAAAAUUUCCAACUGUUCAAUGUGCUCAGUCAGGAAACUCUGCCUUUGAACGCUAGUAAUUUCUUGCAACCAAUGGCUACGAAUCUCAGCAAUUUAGUGUUGCAACAAACAGAGGAAUCAUGCUGUUCCAACGCCAUCUAUGAUUCCACUGAGUGGUUGGGUGAUAACAGCGCCACCGUCUACAGUAAAUUAUUGUAUGUCGACUUGAGCGGCACGAAUUUUAACGACACACUUAACGGUGAUACAUUCUCAAAACUAUCAGCAGUGCAGGAACUUCGGCUGGCCAAUUGUAGUUUGAGCACUAUCGCCGAAAACGUUUUCACUGGUAUUAUGUCGACACUAAAAUCGCUCGAUUUGCGAUAUAAUCGUUUACAGACGCUGGACGGUGAACUCCUAGCCGCUGCUAUUCCUAAAGGAAUUAACAUGGAAUUGGGGUGGAAUAUGUGGAGAUGCGAUUGUGACAAUAUGGAAACCAUAGAGUACAUGAAGCAAGUAAAAAAUAAUUCCGCGACCGAUACGGUAUGUGCAACACCAACAGAUUUAGCAGGCACACCGGUUAGUUCGUCGCAAAUAAGCUGCUACAUCACGACCAUACCUACAACAAUUUUAACAACGAUAACAACCACAGCAGCCACUACAACCACAACACCAACAAUCACAACUAUUACGGAUGAAACCACAUUAGCAACGAAAGAGACUAGUGCAAACUCUAUACCAACAUCUUCUACAAUUGCAAUCGACAACUCAACCUUAAUGACGUCAGCUAUAACGGAAGGAACAGAUGUAAGCAGCUCUGAUACAACUUUAGUGUCAACAAUAGUUACAACGAUAUCUCCAACAACACCCAAAUAUACUACUAUCAAUACAUCAGCAGGAACAACUAGUGAGACUGUCACGCCACCUUCAUCACUUAUGACGUCCACGAUUGAAGACAACUCAACCAAAGAAACAUCUGAACCCAUAUCGACAACAACAAACGACAAUACGACCUUAACUUUUAUUACGGGAACAAUAACAAUACCAAUAGCAACUGAUGAUACUACGGAAGGAACCGACACAACAAACGACAAUACGACCUUAACUUUUAUUACAGGAACAAUAACAAUACCAAUCGCAACUGAAGAUACUACGGAAGGAACACCAAAUGGAACUGCUAACCCUGAAAAUACAACGGAAACUGUUACCAGUACGACCAUGACCUGGAGCACCUUCGUUCCAACGACGAUCAUACCACCAACGGCGAUUAUACCACCAACGAAUUCUUGCUUUGGAAAUAAAGCUUCAAAGUAUUUACCUUGCAGCGAUAUCGUAGCCUUUAAGCUAUGUGACUAUGACGUCACUUUCAAUGUGGCCCCGAUAUCAUCGCGAAGUGUGCAAUUGCAAAUCGGUGGUGGUGCGACUGGUUUACACAUAAUCUACUUUCAGGUGACGGACAACAGUAUAAGUAAAGAAGUCGAGAUCGAGAAUAAUAGCGAAAUCGUUAUAGAUAAUUUAGCGCCGAAUGGCAGUUAUACCUUCUGCCUCAUACCGAAGAAUGAAACGAGUACCUCACCAUUUAAUUGCCGAUCAGCGCACUUGCCACAACUUGAAGCUUGGUUGGAUUAUAACGAUGUAGCGCUGUUUUGCACGAUUGCCAUACUCGUAACUGUUAUUUGCGUAGUUAUAGGGGGGACAGCAAUAUAUUUUCUACUCCGUUGGCGGCCAACUUUAUUGUAUGGCAAUAAACGUUUGCAUCGUAUUGCUUCGACAACGCACGAAGUUCUACUACUACCGAAACCGAAUCGCACAUCUGUAGAUUCGAAAACAUACGCGCUCAGUGAACUCUCCAAAAUGCAUUCAUCGGUCAGUGAUUCAUUGACACCAGAGAAUUAUUUAAAUAUUAAUUCAUACGAUUAUAUGCAGUACGUCAAAGAUAUUGAGUUGAAGAAACAACGAAGAGUGCCACAUAUUUCCACGAAUCAGCCUCCUGUACAUCGAGCCCCUCCUACACCGGAUCAGAAUAUUAAUUCAUACGAUUAUAUGCAGUAUGUCAGAGACAUCGAGAAAACAAGAAAAGUGGCACAUAUUUCCAUGAAUCAGCCUCCCAUACAUCGUGCCCCUGCAUUGCCACCAAAUGUUGGUGGCGCUGCAACGAAUAGCUACACCAGUGGUUAUAUACCAAUUCGUCAUCCCUCACAGCUCACGCCACAGCAGCAGAGUAUACGUAGGGGUGCACCGGCGAAGUUACCGCCAGAGCCAGUAGAUGUCGAGGAAAACGAAUAUGAAAGCUUGGAUUAUUAUCAGGAAAUUUAUUAAAUGAUUGUGUCAAGCUUAAAUUUUAGAAAUAUUUCAGUCUUUGGUUGUUAAUU